ACUUGCCGAACAUUUCCAUUCAAAGAUACGUCUACGUAAACGAUAAGACGUCCUGGAACCAAGCUCAGGCUUACUGCAGGCUGCACCACACAGACCUGGCCAGUGUCCGCAACGCCACUGAGAAUGCGUUGAUCCAGAAGUCGGUACCGAGUGGCCAGCGGGCCUCGAUCGGCCUCUUCAGAAACCCCUUUUUCGACAACUCAGAGGGAACUCGCUCUUCAUUUGGAAACUGGAUAGAGGGACGUCCAGAAGUGGUUGGAACUGGGAGCUGCGUGAUCAGCAGGAUUGGCGACCGUCACCAUGGAAAGUGGAUGGAAAAACCCUGUGAUGCUCGAUUUCACUUCAUGUGCCAGAGGAAAGAGAAGCACUUGUUUUACAUUAAGGUGAAAGUUCUGAAAUCCACGAUCGACCUGAACGACCCUGAUGUGACAGACGCCAUCUUGAAUAUGAUAAAGGAAACUCUGAAAAAGAGAGGGAUGACCAAAGGUUUCAGAGCUGCAUGGAUUAAAAAGCCUGAUGAAAACAUCUUCCACAAAGAAGAAGAGAACUGAGAUUAAAGACGUGAACAUUUACAGAAUAUUAAUCUAAACCAGACUUAAAUCUAAAAAUGUGUUCUGGGCGAAAACACGAAUGACAAAAGAAAGAUCCUGAAAUGCUGAUAGAACUUUUUUAAACGGAGCGUGGACGAACUGAAGCCCUGAUCUCAAAACAGAUGUAAAACAGAUGAUCUCACUAACAAAUGUUGUGUCUCCGCACACUGUGACACUGCCGGAGACACACAACAACAACAACAACAAUGCAUCUGUGCAAAUGUCCAUUUAAGCAUUUAAAGCUUCAGAAAAACACCAAUUAAUCAAUUUUACUCCGGCUUUUUUGAAAACAGCUCAUAAACCAGGACACGAGGACAAUCCGGAAUAUUUUAUAAAUCGUGAAAAAUCCAUAUUUUGUUCAAUAAGUUGAUUUUUAAAAUUGUGUCCUUCAUGAAAUGAGUGAAUUAAACAUAAUAUCACGCGAUGUUCAGACUGCUCCACUGGGUGGCGUUAGACUACCCACAGACACACCCCAAAAAAUCGAAUUUACUCUGACCCUCUGCUCAAUUUUGGUUUUUAUUAUAUUCAUAUUUUUGUGGCUUAAACUUUCUCUUCUUGUAUAUUUGCUCAUAUUAUCAUAUUAUUGCGUCAGUCUGUUUUCUUAUAUUGUUACAGUCUGAGUCGUUGCCGGUUCGCUCUGUGUAAUCUGAUUUAUUAACCCUGUCAUUCCGACGUGAAGCCACAUCUCUUCUACUUCCUGUUGGUCACUGUGUUCCUCGGGGCCCAUGACGUCACCAGUUCCCCCUCUUCUCUCUCUCUCUCUCUUCUCCUGGAGGAGGAGGUGGGUGUAUCUCUCCUGCUCCUCCAGCCAGGGAGACACUCUCCCUCCCCCACGCUCUCUCGACCUCCCAGCAGAACUGAGGCAGAAACAACAGGAGACACAAACCAGCAAGAGCCCGUCACACAACAGUUAUUUUAAUUAGUGUGAUGUUUCAUUAGUGUGUGUUUCCUGUUUGUCUCAUACUCCUCUGUAUGCAGCAAGUACCUUUAGUUUGUGUGUUUAUACUUUUAUUUCUGUCGUGAUGAAUGUUUCUCUUGAACGCACACGC